AUGCAUCAGCCUACCCACUCAAUAAAGAAACCAUGGAUUAAAACACCGCUCAUUGAGUCCGCAACACUAUCCAAGCUUGCAGGAUGCAAAAUCUACCUCAAACUCGAACUUCUACAGCCAUCCGGAUCAUUCAAAUCAAGAGGAAUCGGCAACUUAAUCCUCUCCGCUCUGAAGAACCCAGCCAACAAAAACAAGGCGGUUCAUUUCUACAGCUCCUCAGGCGGAAACGCCGGUCUAGCAGCUAUCCAUGCAGCUCGUGAUCUCAACUGCGCCUGCACGGUCGUCGUACCACACAGCACAAAGCCAAUGAUGAUCACCAAGCUACGCUCCGCCGGAGCCUCGGACGUAGUGCAGCACGGAGCGAGCUGGUUCGAAGCAGACACGUACCUUCGGGAGAACUUUAUCGAGAAACAGCCCGCGGACGAGAACGUCGUCAACGUCUACGUGCCGCCGUUUGAUCACCCCGAUAUCUGGGAUGGGGCGGGAAGUAUGGUUGACGAGAUCGCGUCGCAGUUACCUGUGCGGGAAGCUGGUGGGCGUCAGGUAGCGGGUGCGUUCCCUGCUGAUGCGAUUGUGUGCAGUGUUGGUGGUGGGGGCCUUUUAAACGGCGUUGUUGCGGGGUUGGAGAAGCAUAUGGAUGAGUUCGGGAGUGGGACUGAUAUUCCUGGCGUGAAGAGGGUGCAUGUCCUGGCGGUGGAGACUAAGGGAGCAGAUUCGUUGGCUCUUUCGUUGCGGAAUGGCCGGUUGAGUACUUUGGAUGCCAUUACUUCGCAGGCUACUUCGCUUGGGGCGCUUUGUGUGGCUAAGAAGACUUUGGCUAAUGCUAAGUAUCCGCCGCCUGGUGUGCAGGUUAGUAGUAUCGUGGGGUCUGAUGCUGAGGCUGCAAGGGGUAUUUUGCGGUUGGCGGAUGAGACGCGGUUGCAGGUGGAGUUGGCUUGUGGGAUUAGCUUGGAGAUUGCUGUUUCUGGACGGUUGAAGGAGGUUAUGCCGGAUUUGACUGCUGAUAGUCGGGUUGUGGUUGUUGUUUGUGGUGGGAGUAAUAUUACGGCGGAGAUGAUUGCGGAGUAUAGACAGCGACUAGAUGAAGGGUGGGAAUAG